GCUCGUUGAUCAUUUGUCCCAGCGCUGUUGAAUUCAUAUGCAUAUUUGCCGCAUACCCCCGCUGCUGCUGCUGUUGCUGCUGUUGAUGUUGUUGGGAAUGUGCGCCAUUAGCAGCACCAAUCCCUGGCAUCCCCAUUGCAGCUUGCGAAGUGAAAGUCAAAUGCGCCGCAUACCUCUGCUGCUGGGUAUUGGACAUUGCCGUUUGCUCCGUAUCCAACGAAGGGACCGUGUUAAUCAACUGGUUAGAUCUCUGAUUAGACAUGGAUGCAGCUAAUACAUGCGUAACAGGAUCAAAGCCCAUGUCGGAUGCCAGUCGGGCAAUAGUAGAAUUCAUACCCUGGGGCCCGCCAUUGAUCAACGCUG